AUGGCACCUCCUGUCCCCGUCUAUACGUCAGAGGACAUUCAACUACAGUACAAAGAUCAAUUUCAGAAUUUGACCAAGUAUAAAUGCCAUCUCAAAUCCCUAACGCAACAUGAGUGCACGUUCAAGGCUGGUACAACCGCAACUCUGCCCCAGAUCAUAUGCUUGCCGUUCAAAAGACUAUUCCAAAGAUGCCUAAUACCAACUGUUGAACAAAAGAAUGGCAAAAAGAUACGUACCCAAAAGUGGAUAAACAUUGAGGUGACAAAGGAGUCGACGAAUCAGGAUUUGUUGGAUAAGGGAUCGAAGUACUAUGACUUUGUUCAAGAAUUCUUAGCAGCAGAGAAGGAAUUUAGAGAGUUGAUGGAGAAGGAGGCAGACUAUAGCGGUUAA